AUGAUUCAGCAAGCUGACAUUGACUCCGGGAAGAUUGAUAUGAAACUCAUGGAAAAGGCUAAUCCAUUGCUAUUUUCUGUGGGCAGACUAGAAGAAUAUCCCUUAGAGUAUGCUGAAUUGAAACAAUACAUGACUGCUACUGACGGCAAUAGAGCAAUCACCCCGUUCUAUCAUCAGGAUGGAGUUGCUGUAACCGAUAGAGAUUACUUAGAUUUUCUGCUGUAUAGAUCCAACGACAAUGACACUGAGAUUGAUUUGGACAAGAAACUCACCAGUGAGUACGCAUUGUACCAGGUCCAGAAGCAGAAAAAAAAUGGUGGCUUGCCAAAGGAUCUCCAUUUGCCAAUGGAACAAGUUUUGGAACUAAAGCCAAAAAGUGACGAAUGGUACCAACACAUGUUGAGCAUCAUGGAGAAUAUCAAUGGUAUUGAGCUGGAUAUGGCGCUGCUGAAAUCCAUGAACCCAUCUACUAACUCAAGUUCAAUGGGAGGCGUAUUGUCUGCAAAUCAUUCCUCUGUUGCAUUGUUAAACAAUAUGGACACAACGAUAAGCAGUGAUGUUAACUCGAAGAAAGUGAUGAAGAACAGGAAUAAUAGUGUUCUUGAUGUUAUGAAUCCAAACGAGAGUAUUAUGACCAUUGAAGACAUUCAAGAUAAGAAACAGUCGGAAAUGUUAGUGCAAGAGCUAACGGCAUACCUUAUCUCUACUUCGAUUAAGAAAGGUAUUGAUGUUAAACCUCCAAUGGUGGAUGAUCCCGUUGACUUUUUAAAGGGUGCAAUCGAUUUCAUCACAAAUGAGAUUUCUCAACAUCAAAAGGUAAUAAAAGAAGCCAGACAGAAUACCAUUAAAAGGAGCAAGUCUUAUAAGAGCACAAAAGAGUUGGAAACUGCUUUUAAAGACUUGCAAUUAGCCCAUAGUUUCCUAACAAGAAAAUUCCAAAAUGACCGUGAAGAAUAUACCAAAGAUAUAGAAAGAUUGUCGGCUACUAAUAGGGAGCUUCAGCAAAAAAUCUUAAACUACCAUUCUUCAAUCAUUGCUAGUGAGAAUAAAGUAACGGCCUUGGAAAAAGAAUUAAAGGAGUUGAGAUUAGAUAUGAUCAACAAGCCGGUAAAUUCAUCUCGUGAAGACAUCUCUCCUUCAUCUCCAGUGUCAGCCAGUUCCAACUCUAUAACGAUAAUGAGGAAUGAAUUUAAGAAGAUGCUGACAGAAACACAAAAGAAGCAUGAGCUAGAAUUAAUGGCUGAAAAGGAUUCGAGACUCCAACUCGAGGCAGAGUUGGCACGAUUAAGGAAUGAUCAAUAG